AUGACUAAAAUCGGGUUUUUGCCGACUCUAGAAGAUGCUAAUGGGUCACUUUCGCGUGAGCAACUGGACAUUUUGAGACAGCAGGUCCUUUCGGAGGGUGGAGACGAAGCCUCGGUUCAAUCCCGCUUCAAUUACGCCUGGGGAUUAAUUAAAUCAUCGGAGCGCGAUGACCAAAGACUGGGAGUCAAGAUACUCACGGACAUAUACAAGGAGUCUUCGAUGCGUCGGCGGGAAUGUCUGUACUAUUUGACUAUAGGUUGCUAUAAAUUGGGUGAAUACUCGACUGCUAAGCGAUACUCAGACGCUCUUUGCUCCCACGAGCCCCACAAUUUGCAAGCUAGAACUCUGAGAAAUAUGGUUGAGAACAAGAUCCAAAAUGAAAGUAUCAAGGGUAUUGUCAUUGCGAGUGGGGUAGUGGCUGCUGCGGCAACUGUUGCCGGAAUUCUUUUCCGUUCGAAAAGAAAGUAA